ACUCGCAGGAAAAUACGGCCGUGCGGCAUCAUGACUGAGGAGAAGCAGGAGAAGAGUCUGAUGGAUGAAAACGCAUUCGAAGCCCUGGAGAAAGACUUCCAGGAGGUUCUCAAUGAGCUCACCGGGGACAAAAGUCUGGAGAAGUUCAGGACCGAGUACGAGAAGCUGCACGGGGUCCUGAAGAAGUCCUAUGAAAAUGAGAAACGCCUGAUGGCCAAAUGCCGGGAGCUGAACGCCGAGAUCGUGGCCAACUCUGCCAAAGUCUCCACCGCCCUGAAACUGUCCCAGGAGGACCAGUCCACCAUUGCAUCCCUGAAGAAGGAGAUAGAAAAGGCUUGGAAGAUGGUGGACACGGCCUACGAGAAGGAACAGAAGGCAAGGGAAACCAUUCAGUCGCUGAAGGAGGAAAUCAACAACCUGAGCAAACUGGUGGAGCAGGGAUCCGGACUGUCCAUGGGCCAAGAGCACAGUGUAAAUGAUCUGCUGACCAUGAAGGAGGAGCUGACCACAGAGCGAGACCAGCUGCUGUCCGAGGUGGUGAAGCUGCGGGAGAGCCUGAUGCAAGCAAGCGCCCAGCAGCAGGAGACCGAGAGGCUACGAGAGGAGGCCGAGCAGAGCAUCGCGCAGUUCCAACAAGAAAUCCAAGUGCGUCAGAAUGAAGCUUCCCGGGAAGCUCGUAAGAAGGAGAAGCUGGAGAAAGAUCUAAGGAACCUCCAAAGCGACCUGGACAGCAAGCAGAGCGAGAUCCGAAGCAUCCAGCAGACGCUGCAGAAGAACAAAGAGGAGCUGCAGAAGCUGGAGCAGCAGCUCAAGGAGCAUAAGAUCCUGAAUGAGAGAGUCACCAAAGAACUAGAACAGUUCCAGAUGCGAAACACUAAACUUCAGCAGGACAUCGAGCAGCACAGCGUCACCAAUGAGCAGCUGACUCAGGAAAACCAGCAGAAGCAACUGGAAUUAAAGUCUAGAGAAGAUGAGGUCGGCCAGAUGCGGCAGGAAAUCUCCAAACUUUCCAAGGUCAGAGAAUCAAUCCAGAGGAAGUACCGUCAGAUGGAGGAGCAGAAGACGGAGGUGGAGCAGCAGAGGGAAACGCUGAAAAACCAGAUCACAGGACUGGAGAGAGAGCUGGAAUCUGCCAAGAAACAAGCAGAGCUGGAGAAGAAAGCCGCAGAGGAGCUGAUAAGAGAGAGGGACGUACUGAACAAGAACCUCCUGAAAGCGGGUAAUGCCACCCAGAAGCAGCUAAACCUGGUCAAACUCCACGAACAGUCGAAGAAAAACCUCGAAGAGGAAAUCGUUAACUACAAAGAGGAGGCGCAGAAACAACGGAAGAUCAUCUACCAGCUGGAGAAGGAGCGGGACCGAUACAUCAACGAAGCCAGCGAGCUGACCCAGAAGGUUCUUCAGCACAUGGAGGAUAUUAAAGUCCGGGAGAUGCAGAUCUUUGAUUAUAAGAAAAAGAUUGCAGAAGCGGAAACAAAACUGAAACAGCAGCAGAAUCUGUACGAAGCCGUGAGGUCGGACCGGAACCUGUACAGCAAGAACCUCAUCGAAGCUCAGGAUGAAAUAACCGAGAUGAAGCGGAAGCUGAAGAUAAUGAACCACCAGGUCGACCAGCUGAAGGAAGAGAUCACCUCCAAGGAGUCCGCUCUGUUCAAGGCCUCUCUGGAUCGCCAACGUCUGGAGAAGGAGAAGGAGGCUCUGAAGGCUGAGCUGCAGAAAAUGAAGCAGCAGAGCAUCGAGGCCAAACAGUUCAUUGAGAACCAGGAGGCCGAAGAGCGGAAGCUUUUGAAGAUAAUCUCUGAAGCAGAUGCUGAACGACUCCAGCAGAGGAAGGAGCUGGAUCAGGUGAUCGGCGAGAGGGAUAUGUUAGGCACACAGCUGGUCCGGAGAAACGAUGAGUUGGCUUUACUGUACGAGAAGAUCAAAAUCCAGGAGUCCAUCCUGAACAAAGGGGAGAGCCAGUACAAGCAGAGGGUGGAGGACAUCCGGCUCCUCAAACUGGAGAUUAAAAAACUGAGACGAGAGAAAGGAAUCCUGUCCAAAACAGUGGCCAAUGUGGAAGAUCUCAGGCGGGAGGUGUAUCACAUGCAGAAGGAGCUCCUGAAAGAGCGGACGCGCUGCAGAGCCCUGGAGGAGGAGCUGGAGAACCCCAUGAAUGUCCACAGAUGGAGGAAGCUGGAGGCCAGUGACCCCAGCACCUACGAGCUGAUCCAGAAAAUCCACACCCUACAGAAACGUCUCAUCGGCAAAACCGAGGAGGUUGUAGAGAAGGAGCUGCUCCUGCAGGAAAAAGAGAAGCUUUAUGUGGAGCUGAAACACAUCCUGGCGCGGCAGCCGGGGCCAGAAGCAGCCGAGCAGCUCCAGAUCUAUCAACAGACCCUGCGGGAAAAGACCAAGCAACUCAAGGCGCUGUCGUCAGAAUUAAACAUGUACGAGUCCCAGAGCCAGGAAUAUAAGUACGAGGUCGAGAGACUGGCCAAUGAACUGCAGAACGUAAAGAAAAAGUACCUGACACAGAAGCGGAAGGAGCAGCAGGCCAGAUUUAUCCAUGAAGAUAUCUUAAGGCCCGGGGAUGAGUUCUCAUGUUCACCACUGUAUGCAGAGAGUAAUAUCACCUCAAGACAUCUGCAAUGUGCGCUGCUCGGCUGAGAUCUAAACGAGGACGACCGCUUCGUUGUGAGGCUGGAGCUGUGCCGUCCAGACAGAUAAACAUAAAGCGCUUGUAGCAAUCGUGGAUACAUAGUGUCAGCCUGAAAUUACAUGAGCGGUGUACACCAUUUCCUGAGAUAAACUCUGCGAUACUCUGCAAUUUGACUGAAAUGGUGUAUGAGCAGCAGGUGAUUCCAUCUGAAGAGGACAAGAGCUCAGAGCUCGCAAGAUUGCUCACCAUAAACACAAUA